CCGGAGGCCGGAGGCGGAAGUCCCGCCCCAGCAGCCCUCCCGGAAACGCCCCCUCCUGGGUCUUCAUUGGCCAGCACCAGUCCGGACGCAGUGUCUUGUGGGUAUUGUCGUUCCAGUCGAGGGAGCAGUCGGCAGAAAGCUGCGCUGGGCGGGUGGUCUUUGCACAUUUAUCGAGUCGUGAGCCCCCAGCACAGGCUACACCUCCCUGAGCCUCGUCCCGACUGUGGGACGGGUUCCCUUGCACGGAGGCGUCCGCCUGGACCGCGCUCCCCCGUGCCUCGGCGCCCGACCUCGGUUCCCGCCGCCGCGGCAGGCGGCACCCUAGGUCCAGCUCCUCCCACAGGGUCCGCCAGCGGCGCCGAGGUGGUGAUGGACCUGGCGCAGGAAGUUCCAUCCCCAAAGCUGGACCACAAGGGCUGCUUUCUUCCCAGGUUCCCUGUGGUUGGUACUGGAACUGGGCCAGGUGCACUUGCCCACAUCUCUGUGAGCAGCGUUGGCUGGGUGACUUUUGAGGAUGUGGCCGUGUAUUUCUCCGGAGAAGAAUGGGAGUUCCUUAAUCUGACCCAGAGAAGCCUGUACCGUGAUGUGAUGUUGGAGAACUUUGAGCUCAUCGGCUCACUGGGAUUUGCACCUUCGAGGUCCCAUGUGGUAGCUCAGCUGGAGGGUGCUGAAGAGCCCUGGGCGCCCAGCGUGGUGAACAUGACUCUGGUCAGCAAAGCAGAGGCUGGGAAGCGUCCUGGUGACGGUUGUCUGUGUAGCCUGGAGAAUGAGGAAGCCCCUCCAAAGCAGAUGAACAGCUGCAGAGCCCACCUGUCAGAGAAGCCCUUUCUGUGUGGGGAGUCCGGGAAGGAUGUCCCUGCCAUCUUAGGCCUCCUCCAGCACCAGGCUGUGCACAGCAAAGCGAAGGCACACAGGAACACUGAGCACAAGGCCCUCCCGCUCAGCUCCAACGGCCAGCAGCAACGGGGGGUCCGUGCAACACAGAAGCCCUUCAAGUGCAGCAACUGCGGGGAAGCCUUCCUGAAGGCCUUCGUGCUCCUUGACCACCUGAUAACUCACUCCAGAGAGAGACAAUUCAGAUGCCCAGCAGGUAGAAGUGACCCCAGGGAGAACUCAACCCUUGUUCAUCACCGAAAAGCUCACACUAGGGAAACAUCCCACAUGUGUAAUGAAUGUGGGAAGGCCUUCAGUUAUCCAUCUAAACUGAGGAAGCACCAGAAGGUUCACACAGGCAUAAAGCCUUUCAAAUGUGGUGAAUGUGGGAAAACCUUCAGCCGCAAAGAUGCACUUGUUCUGCACCAGCGAGUCCAUACUGGAGAGCGGCCCUACGAGUGCCGCGAGUGCGGGAAGGCCUUCAGCGUUCUGUCUACUCUCAUCCGGCACCGGAGAGUCCACAUUGGAGAGAAGCCUUUUGAGUGCAGGGAGUGUGGGAAGUUCUUUAAAUACAACCAUAGCUUCAUUCUUCAUCGGAGAGUCCACACUGGAGAGCGGCCCUACGAGUGCAGCGAGUGUGGAAAAGCCUAUGUGACCCGCUCUGGCCUAUACCAGCACUGGAAAGUCCACACUGGAGAGCGGCCUUAUGAGUGCAGCCUGUGUGGGAAAACCUUCACUACCAGGUCCUACCGUAAUCGACACCAGCAAUUCCACACUGAAGAGAAGUCCUAUGAAUGUACAGAAUGUAGGAAAGCCUUCAAACAUAGUUCUACCCUCCUGCAGCACCAGAAAGUCCACGCUGGAGAGCGGCAGUAGGACAGGAUGUGGGGGAGCCUUUAGCCAUGGCUGGCGGCUAGUUCAGCAGGAGAGGUCUCACUCCUGAAAGCAGGCUGAGGCAGAUAGCCUUUUGAAAGUGAAACCUCACACACCCCAACACACACCCUGGGGUGCUGGGUAUCGGAAGCUUUCAGGAGCUAUGUUGCACUCUGACCUGCCCAGGCUCGUGGCAGUGUGGUCACUGCUAGUGUCUGUGACAGAAGCCAUCACACCUCUACUACCUGGCAGGUCCCUGCAGUGUGCAUCAACCCCCAGUGUGCUUGGGGACAGCACGCCUCUGUGCUAUCUGCUCUUUACAGGAGAGAACCAUGAAUGGCGGAGGCUGUGAUGGGCUGCAUUCCCUCCCUCUGACUGCUUCAGGUAUGGGCAUGACCUAGCUCUGGCCAGGAAUAGCUGAUCAGUGUCCGCUGGGGGCUUCCCAGGAAAGUUAACCAUGUUCAUGGACACUGUCGACAUUUUACAUGUUUCGUGGAUUUAUCCAACCAUGGAGCUGACUUGUCACACUGCUCUGGAAUGUAUGGUAAUAAAGGCCUUAUUGUUUAAACCACCUUUAAUACUGGGGUUUCUAUCCCCUGUGUGUGGAGGGACUGAGAACAAAAUUGGACUCAUGAGUAGAGGGAAUGGCUUCUUUGGGGGGGGUCCCUGACUUUUAUGUGCCACAGUGGGGACAGCAGGAUGGCACAGAUACGCUCCAGUUGAGGUUGGCCUCAUUUGCACUGGUGCCUGAGACUUCCAGGGCAAGAUGGAAGGGCUUUGUGGGAGUCUUGUAGCCUGGAUGUCAGGUUCACUUGUGGGCCAGAGCUCAUCCUGAACGAGGCGGUUGGCAGCAGAUCACUCGUGCAUCCAGGGACAACAUGAGCUGGGUCCUGCGCUCCCAGGGAAUGUUCCUCAACCUUCAGCAUUGGUCAGAGUGUUUCCAGGAGCCAUGUUCUCCGAAAUUCAGAAUGUGCAGCCUUCCUGAGCAUGUUCACCUCAUGGGACUAGGAAAGAAGACCCUGUGUUCUGGGAUGUGGCUCUUGUGACCCAGCCAGUGUUCCUGGUGUCUGCAUACCGUGGCUUUCAUUGUUCUUGGAGCCGUUGUCCCAGGACUCAAGGGAGAGAGUGGUUGAAUCAACAUAUGGAUCCAUAUCUUCUGGUUUGUGGGUCCUUUUGAUUUAAACAUUUUUGGAAACUAUGUCCUCAAAAAGUAAAUAAAAUAUCAGAUCAGCAAAA